ACCGAAAUCUCCGCGUCGGCUGCUAGUGUGCUAACGGACACCCUGCGGGAAACAUCGUUGCCGCCGCCAAUCUCAUGCGCGUGUGACAUUACUGACGAGUGUAUUUACGCGAUAGACGACGAAAUAUCAUUCCGUAAUUUCAAUCUAUUCCGCGGUGCUGCAGUGAUGACAUAUUAUAUUUGUGUUUUUUUCUUCGAAUAUUUCUGCCUGAUUGACUGCCGUUAAAAUACAAAUUUAUUUUCACGGGUAACUGUAUGUUAUAAUACAAUACCUUGCAACUAUCUGUUAUUUACCAGCAGCAUCAGUUUUUUUCAAUGCAAUCGUUGAUAAUUUACUGGAAAUGGAAACGCUGCAGGUCAAUACUACAGUCUGGAAUCUGAUGGUUUGUUUUUGUCUUCUUAUCACAAGUGUUAUCAUAGUCGGCAGUAGUUCACAGCAGACGGGUAAAGAAGUCGAUCCGAACGCUAAUUCGGUGAACCAAUUCAGUCAUGAAACGUCAAUGCCAAGAUUUGCCGAAUCCAUACCAAACGUCACGGUCAGCAUUGGCAGAGACGCACUGUUGGGGUGUGUGGUAGACAACCUACGUGGAUUCAAGGUCGCAUGGGUCAGGGUAGAUACUCAGACAAUUUUAUCCAUUCACCACAACGUUAUUACCCAAAAUCCUAGGGUAACGCUUUCUUACAACGAUCACCGUUCGUGGUAUUUACAUAUUAGAGACGUGCAUGAAGAAGAUCGGGGAUGGUACAUGUGCCAAGUGAACACGGAUCCGAUGAGAAGUCGACAAGGGUACUUGCAAGUGGUCGUACCCCCAAGCAUCAUAGACAGGGAGACAAGCUCAGACAUGAUGGUGCGCGAAGCCAGUAAUGCCACUUUAAUAUGCAAAGCUACCGGAUAUCCAGAACCGUAUGUAAUGUGGCGGAGGGAGGACGGCCACGAUAUUAAUUACAAUGGAGAUACAGUUAAUUUCAUUGACGGUGAAGUGUUGCACAUAACGAGAGUGAGUAGGCUCCACAUGGGUGCUUAUUUGUGCAUAGCCUCGAACGGUGUUCCUCCUUCUAUCAGUAAAAGAGUCACACUCAAUGUUCAAUUUCCUCCCAUGUUGACUAUUUCGAAUCAACUGGUGGGUGGCUAUAUUGGCCAGGAUAUCAAAUUAGAAUGUCACACUGAAGCGUUUCCAACGUCCAUAAACUUUUGGACGACCGAAAAGGGUGACAUGAUCGUUUCGGAUAUGACGGUUUCAGGCGAAAAAUAUGAGGCAAUAUCUACGAACAGCGGAUACAAUGACUACAUGAUCCUGAAGAUUAGAAAAUUGUCGCCAGAAGAUUUUGGAUCAUACAAAUGUGUUGCGAAGAAUUCACUGGGCGAAACCGAUGGAUUCAUCAAACUAGAUCAAAUCGCAGUGCCGUCGAGACCUAUGGUGAUUACCGAAGAACCAGAUUACGAACGAAAAGAUUUUGAUGACGAUAGCAACGGUGACCCAUCGGAAACUGUCUUCAACUCGUUGCCAACAGACAACAGUUCGCUCAACUCGGACGCUGUUCGGUGGUCGCACGAUGGUGUCUUUGGUUGGAUUGCAUCGGCCGGAUGUUGUUGGAUGGCAUUAGCAUUAGUAUUUGACAGGUGAUCGUCACCGGUCAUCAAUUUAUCGUAACAUUCAAUGCGUAAACGUCGUUGUGCAUGUUGUUGUUACACGAUCGAAAUAUAGUGCGGUGAUGAGUCAUCAUCUCACCCCGGAACAGAAACAAACUAUAGUAAUUUUUUAUGCCCUUACAUUUUCGUGUUUUUGGUUUUUUGUUUAGUAUAAGUGCGUUAUUUUCCUCCUGCAUUUUGUAAGAUAAAAAUUAAAAAAAAUCAAUGGAUGUUGUGCCGACGAUUAUGUUAUAUUAUACGAUUAAAU